GGAAGGGAAGCAGGAACUGACUGAUCGGGGGGAAGUGUGUAUAUUACCAUGAGAUCGCAGCUGCUCCGCUCCUCGCUCGGCUGCUUGCUGACUGCUUUCGGCCCUUUUCCCGCUUCCUGUAUUAAUAAAACAGUCAGACAAACUGCAGCAGCUGUGCCACAUUUGUAUUAUUCCAGAAAAACGAUGCACUAUCAAACGGAGCAGAGAGGACACCCGAAUUCUCCAGACUACCGCAUUUAUUUUAAAACCUCUGAUGACAAAUACAUUUCACCAUUCCAUGAUAUUCCACUUAUAGCUGAGUCAGAGCAGAAUGACGAUGUGCCAGCAAAAAAACCUAAGAGUGAGAAUAAGGUGCUGUACAACAUGGUGGUUGAGGUCCCUCGGUGGUCAAAUGCUAAAAUGGAAAUUGCAACAAAGGAGCCACUGAAUCCCAUCAAACAAGACGUGAAGAAGGGAAAACCCAGAUAUGUGGCCAACAUUUUUCCUCAUAAAGGAUACAUUUGGAACUAUGGGGCACUGCCACAGACCUGGGAGGAUCCCAACCACAAAGACAAAGAAACGAACUGCUGUGGUGACAAUGACCCCAUUGAUGUUUGUGACAUCGGCACCCAGGUUUGCUCCCCAGGUCAGGUGAUCCAAGUGAAGGUUCUGGGCAUCCUGGCAAUGAUUGAUGAGGGAGAGAUGGACUGGAAGGUCAUCGCCAUCAAUGCAAAUGAUCAAGAUGCAGAAAAGCUCAACUGUAUAGAAGAUGUUCGGAAGAGCCGACCAGGUCAUUUGGAGGCUACUGUUGAGUGGUUCAGGAAAUACAAGGUACCCGAUGGAAAGCCAGAAAACCAGUUUGGAUUCAACGGGGAAUUCAAAGACAAGGAUUUUGCAGUUGAGAUCAUUAAGUCCACCCAUGAGCACUGGAGGGCACUUGUGCAGAAGCAAACAAAUGCUGGAGGGAUUGAGUGCAAGAACAUGUCCUGCUGUAACAGUCCUUUCCAGUUCAGCGCCGAUGAGGCCAGAGCUGUCGUUCAGUCGGCCCCUGCUUUUGGUAGUGCACAUCCUGUGUCUGCAGAAGUGGACAAAUGGCAUUUCGUAUGAAGUUCUGAAGUUCCCUUGGAAACAUCAGAUCGUCUUGAAUUGAAUUAUUAUGUAUCCUGCUGCUUUUUCUUGUAUGCAGGCAGAUUUAUUUUUUAUACGCACUUGCAGUGGCAUGUCAUAUUUAAACUGUAUGGGCCAACAAAGACAUGCAACACUUGUAUUUUUGGGUGAUGUUUUCCUUUUAAACGAACAACUAAGGUGGUUGUGCUCUGGGGUAUAUUUGUUGGUAAUACUUGGAGUAAAGUACGUACUCACCUGAGAACAGUGACCAGAAAUUGGAUUGUUUUUUCAGCUACACACAUUAUAUACAAGGCUUUGUAUACAGCAAGAAUAUGUUUCUAAUAUUGGAUAAAUAAUAAAAAAAAACAUUCUAAACCUGG